AUGGAAGCCAAAACCGAGCCCUACCUCACCUCCCACCCAGAUGCUAACGGCUUCUUCGGCCCCUACGGCGGCAGCUUCAUCCCCCCGCCCCUCCAGGCACAAAUGGACGAGAUCAAGACCCGCUACCUCGAGCUCCGCCAGGACCCGCAAUUCAUCGCCGAGCUCGACGAGAUCCGCAGAAACUACCAAGGCCGCCCCACGCCGCUGCAGUACGCAAAACGCCUCAGCGAGAGCAUUGGUGGCGGCGGAGAGACGGGUGUAGAGAUAUACCUCAAGCGUGAGGACCUGAAUCAUACGGGGGCGCAUAAGCUGAACCACUGCAUGGCCGAAGUACUCCUCGCCAAACACCUUAAUAAGCGCAAAGUCAUCGCCGAGACGGGCGCCGGCCAACACGGCGUCGCACUCGCCACGGCCGCCGCCUAUUUCGGUCUCGAGUGCGAGAUCCACAUGGGUGCUGUGGACAUGGCUAAGGAGCAUCCUAAUGUGACUCGGAUGAAGAUCCUUGGUGCGAAGGUCGUGCCUGUAACGGAGGGGCUCCAGACACUUAAGGAGGCAGUAGACAGUGCGUUUGGCGCGUAUAUGGCGGAUCCGGUGACGGCCAUGUACUGCAUUGGUAGCGUGGUGGGCCCGCAUCCGUUCCCCAUGAUGGUGAGGAACUUUCAGCAGGUGGUGGGCGAGGAGGCAAAGGAGCAGUUUUUGGAGAGGACGGGGACACUGCCAGAUCAUGUUGUGGCGUGCUGUGGCGGGGGAUCGAAUGCCAUGGGUAUCUUCUCCGUCUUCAUCGACUCCCCCACCGUCAAGCUCCACGCCGUCGAGCCCCUCGGCCGCGGCCCCACCCUCGGCGACCACGCCGCCUCCCUUGCCUCCGGCUCCGAAGGAAUCAUGCACGGCUUCAACUCCAUCAUGCUGCAAACACCCCCCACCAUCACAUCCAGCGCACCCACCCCCGCGCCCGUGCACUCGAUCGCAAGCGGGCUCGACUACCCCUCCGUCGGCCCUGAGCAGGCGUACCUACGCUCUAUCGGACGCACCGAGGCGGGCUGCGGCGCAACGGACGAGGAGACCGUGCAGGCGUUUUUUGCGCUCAGUCGCACGGAGGGCAUCAUUCCGGCGCUGGAGAGCGCGCAUGCGAUUGCGUGGGCAAUGAAGGUGGCGAAGGACGCGGUGGAGAGGGGGGAGAGGACGAGGGUAUUGGUGAAUGUGAGUGGGAGGGGGAUAAGGAUGUGGAGUAUGUGGUCGAGCAGUACCCGCAGCUGGUGA